AUGGAUCCUGAAGAUCGCCCACCUCAACCCGCGCAAUCAGAUCCCACAUCUACACAGCCAAACCCCGACCCGAUCUCAAAUUCACAGAGUUCGGAUCCCUACACAACGCGCACAGAGAAAAGAAAAGGCAAAUUCCGCUUCAAAACCAAACACUCCUCCUCUCGCUCCUCCCGCCACGACUAUCAUAUAUCUCACAAAGAUAGAGACCGUCACCAUGGCCACCGCAGCAGCAGCCAUCACCGCCGCUCCAAACGCCGCAAACAUCGCACUCCAUCCCCCUCUUCAGCGCCGGGCCCCGGCCCCGGCCCCGGCAACGCCCCUCUAAGCCCCAAUACAGCAUUCCGAGAAUCUCUCUUCGACGCACUAGGCGAUGAUGAAGGGGCCGCCUUUUGGGAAUCUGUUUACGGCCAGCCAAUCCCGGCUCCGCCUUCCGGGGGUGACUCUCGAGGACCGCUAGAGCAAAUGGAUGAAGAGGCGUAUGCGUCCUAUGUGCGGGGCGAGAUGUGGAAGCGUACGCGCGAAGGGAUGCUUGAGGAGGCGGAGCGGAUGAGGGCGGAAAAGAGGGCCAAAGUUAAGGCUGAAAGAGAGGCUGAGAGUGCGAGGGAGAGGAGGGCAUUUGAGGAUGCGAUGGAGGGAGUGUUGAGGAGAGGGAGGGAGAGAAAGAAGAUAAAGGAGGUUUGGAAGGGGGUCUGGAGGGAGUAUGUUGAGUCUUGGGAGAGGGUUGAGAAUGCGGUUCGAGGUGGGAAGGAGGGUGGGGAGAGCAAUGGUGAGGAUAGGAGUAAAGGUGGAAAGGGGCUGCGGGAGUUGUUGUUUUGGCCUGUGCAGAGUGGUAGGCGGAGGGACAUCUCUAAGGAGAAUGUGGAGGAGUUCAUGAGACGCGCUCCGGUGACUGCGUGGACGUCUGAUCGUCGUACUGGGAGUAGUGAGGCUGCACCAGAGGACCUCUUCGUGGCUACGCUCAAAGCGGAACGAGUUCGGUGGCACCCGGACAAGAUUCAGCAUCGAUAUGGAUCAUUGGGCAAUGACGAGACUGUUAUGCGGAGUGUUACCGAGGUCUUCCAAAUCGUCGAUACUCUCUGGAACGAGGCGAAGAGAUAA